AUGGAAUCUCUUUUUCUCGCCACUGCUCCACCCCUUGACCCAGAAUGGCUCGCUUAUGAGUCGGCAGCAGGUCUCAACAACAAGCCGAAGAAAUCUCCAUCCACCUCGCCGCUAGACCGUCAGCAUGUCUACGCAGACGAUUGUCGUGCCCGCACGAUCGCUGCGCUUUCAGCUUCUCCAUACAGCCGCCUCGCCAACGCGGUGCAUAGCCGCCACUUCACUGUGCCUUCAUCCGUAGACGGCUUCCAGAUCCCUGUAAUUGAGUAUUCACCUUCUGUCUCUGACCGGCCAUCGAUUGCUACACCCGCUGCUGUGAUUUUUUACAUUCACGGUGGAGGUCUCUGUGUCGGCGAGGCUGAUAGCGAGGAACUGUCGUGCCGUCUCAUUGCUGCGGAUGCGCAUGCCACAGUCUUCUCGGUUGGGUACCGUUUAAUGCCUACGUAUUCAGCGCAAACGUGUUUAUCUGACUGUAUGGAUGCAUUUAAACGCGUCGUUGCAGAGCAGGUGGCAACGCAAGCAAACUUAUUGCUAGUUGGCAGCUCGAGUGGAGGAGAACUUGCAGCGCUAGUGGCUCAGCAGCUGCCAUCAGUCAUCCAAGGGGUCGUACUCCGCUGCCCCGUAACAAGCGACGCUUUUAGCGGCGUGGAUAAGUUCGUCCCCAAGAACCUACAGCACCUGCAUACUAGCGCCACAGAUCCAUCGUUCUGGAACUCACUACUAGGCCCCAUGCUACGUGAGGUGCCGCGCGAUGGACUGGAGCGUAUGCCUCUUGAGGCGCCGCUAGACGUCAUGCAACAGCAUCCUCGCACAUGGAUCCAGCUGUGUACCAAUGACAGUCUUUUCUCGGAUGGCCUGUGCUAUGCAAAGGCGCUGGAGGAUGCCGGCAUUGAGGUCAAGGCUGAUGUCGUCCGCGGCUGGCCGCAUACCUUCUGGCUCAAGGCACCGCUGUUACCAAGAGCGCUUGAGGCGGAGAGGAGCAUGCUGGAGGGGUUGGUCUGGGUUGCUGGUCCUUCUAUCUAG